AUAAUUCUCCUUAAGGUAAGACGUUUGUGUAAUGCCCACUUCAUGCACAUCUCUUGCUUUGUUUGUCGCUUUAAUUCGCGCGUGCGACAAAUACAUUGUUUGGCUUGACCCCAAUGUAAAAAGUACAGCGAAUAAUCAUGGUUCACAAAUCAAUCAAGCUGAAGCUUGCACCACCACCACGACUCGUCAUCAACACCAUUCCCAGAUUGGGUUGACAAUCAAAGAUACGGGACGCGGGAAGCAAGAGAAGAGAUGGAUGUUACAGGUUGUAUCAUGGUGUAAUAGAAGAAAAGAAAGCAGGUAGGUCCAACCGUACCGGGAAUGCUUUGGUUGGAAGAACUGGAUGAACCUUGUUUUAGUCCGGCGGAGAAAUGAGGUGGUUUCCUUUUGUUUUUGGG